GCCACCUGCUGACGCUCCAGCCACGUUUUGGAGGGAUUCUUUACUGCACAGGUGCGCUAAGGGAUUAAAAAAAAAAAAAAAACAGGCAGUUGGCGGAUGGUUGUCGGUUUCGUGGAGAGGAGUCACUGCCUCUGCGCAAGUCUCAGAUGAAGAUGAAGUCUGCGGGCGUCGUGGAUGGAGGCUUGUUCACAGAGAGCUAUUGCAACAUCUGUAAUGCCCAGCUCAUCUCCGAGUCCCAGCGCACCGCUCACUACGAGAGUAAGAAACAUGCCAACAAGGUACGUCUGUUCUACAUGCUUCACCCUGAAGACGGCGGACCACCUUCCAAGAGACUGAGGCCAGAUAACCCAGACUGUGCAGAGACAGAGGUGGACAGGAACAAGUGCUGUACCUUGUGUAACAUGUUCUUCACCUCUGCCAUCGUGGCCCAGUCCCACUACCAGGGCAAAACCCACGCCAAGAGAGUCCGCCUCGUGCUGGGGGAGCCGACCAACCUGCCCGCAGCCAUGACCAGCCCUACCAACACAGAUUCCUCCCCUUCCACUCCAGUUCCCGCAGACCCCACGGCGUGUCCCCCUCCUCCCCCCGCCUUGCCCUGGCCCAUGGCGGUAGUCGGUGGCAACGGCGGCAGAGAGGCGGGGAAGUACUGCUGCUUGUGCGGAGCCUGGUUCAACAACCCGCUGAUGGCCCAGCAGCACUACGAGGGCAAGAAACACCGCAGGAACGCAGCCAGAGCACGCCUCCUGGAGCAGCUAGCGGGCAGUCUGGAUGCCACGGAGAGCACAGGGCUGCGUAGUAGUUAUUCCUGCAGCGUCUGCAGUGUGGUCCUCAACUCCAUCGAGCAGUACCAUGCACACCUCCAGGGCUCCAAGCAUCAGAACAAACAGGAGCUGAGCCCACGUGUCGAUGGGAAAUGUUCUGACGAUGGAAGACUGCUUCCAGCGACAAUGUAUGCCUGCACCGAUACACAGUACAGUAGCCUGAAGCAACACCAGCAGUAAGCCACGGAGACAGGCCACUCUGGAAAGAAGAGGAAAUUGGAAUAAACAACCUCAGAAAAGAGGACUUGUGUCAGACACUGAGGAGUAUGAGAAAGUUGUGCAGAGUAACUUCAGCGUGCGUGUGUCUUUGUGUGUGCGUGUGUGUGUGUAUGUGUGCGCGUGUGUCUGGGUGUCAUUGGCAUCCAUGUACGCAUCUGCAGUAUACACGUGUGGGUCAUCGUGAGUGUUUUUUCCUAUCUUUGAUCUAAAAAUGUAUCUCUGAGACUUAUUCAGCACUUGAAGUGUUUGAUAAGAUCUCCACACCAACAGCUGGCAGAGGACUUGCGGCUGCAUAUUGCCAUAUAACUCCUGUGUGAACCACAAUCCUAAAGUUGAACUGAUGUCAGUGCGUUGCCCAGAGUGGUAAUAACCAUUACAAUGAUAGUCAUAGAGCAGACGUAAUAAUAACUCUGUAUCUAGCCGUACCCAAGCGCUCUGACAGUGAUCCAUGUGUGAACACAGGGGUUUGUUUUAAACAUUGAUGCUUCCGGUGGCACAUGCAUGGCUCACUUUCCGACCACUUGAGACCUACUCAGGCCCAGAUGUUCAAACCCAAGGACAAGAAAACUCCCAACGACCUCAGCCAUUACAGACUGCAUGAAUUUCCAUAACAAACAAAAGGUAUUUUUUGGUUUGAAUCCUGUGUUGUCUGUAAAUGUAGUCGAUUGGUGUCACUUCUUUUCAAACGGUGGACGUGUCAUUUUAAAACCCAUCUUUUCAUAUAUUCCGUGUAAUCAAAAUGUUGAGAUGUGGCUACGGGACAGAGGGUAGUAGAGAAAAGCAGCACAAAGACUUUUACAGUAAAACUAACUGAACUCCUGCUCUGAAGUGAGGUUCUGUGCAACUUUGUUAAUCAUUAACUGUUGAAAACAUUCCCACAGCACUGAAUACUGAUGUCAGCUGCAGUCCAGAGGUGACAAAAACUUCUCAAAUAAUUUCUUAUUUUUCUGUUGCUAUGACCAGAGUAAAAUAAAACAUCCCAGUCCAUGUAGCAGCCAAUGUACAUAACACCUGGGAUGUAAGUCAAUGCAUGCAAAAUGUAAAGCGUUGCAUUCACUUGCCUUUUUGAAACCUAUUGCUUGCGCCUUUUUUUGGCAAUAGCGCUGCUUUCUAGUGAUAGCUUCGUAAUGCAUUACUGCACAUGCUUGUACCUUGAAAGAGGUCACCUUUUAGUACUGAACCGGCUUCUUUUCAACAUCUAAUUUAUUCAUCAAAAAGGGACAACCUUUUUAUACUUAGAAAUUAGACCAGUCACCGCUGUAUAACACCCCUCAUCUGUAGUGUCUUCAGAGUGUCUGUAAAGUGAGUUUCAACAACGUAUUGUAGCACCAUAAGAUGAGCAAAGAGAAGACACGCUCCACUUUGCUGUGCAGGCACUGAGCAGCAUUUCUGUGUAAGCUGGGGAAAGGACUGAAAAGCACAGCACUCAGCACUGAGCUAUCCUCUGUUAGUUCUGGUUGGGUCGAGCUCUGUUUCUUUGUGUGUUAACACGUUUAGUAAAAUUAUUUUGUGCUCCGUUCAUUUCAUGGUGAGGAGAGCGAACUACAGAUGACCUGAUUAAAAGUGUUUUUCUUCUGCACUCAUACGGAUGAGUAAUGGUUUUAUGCAAUCACACUGUAAUAUUAGCAACCAGACAAUGUGGGUUUGAAGUGAAACAGUCUAACGAAGCAAAAAAAAAGUGGUUUGUGUAAAUAAGUAAAGUUUGUGUUUUAAGAAGUACAAGAGUUUUUGUAUUUAUAGCGUUUAUCUGCACUGAGCUACAGGGUGAAAAGGAAAUGUGUUUCUUAAGGAUAUUAUUGAAAUAUGCUGGCACUGAAAUAAAUAUAAACUGUUUUCUGGUGGGUCAUGUGAAAAUAAAGUCAUCCUGAGCGGAGGAGCCUGUGAUGUUGGACCAAAGUCCAAUGUUUUCAUGAGGACAACCACAGGGUAACUCGUGUGACAGUUUUGCCUGUGGAUCAGCGAAGCAGUCAAAAAGGCGACGCAGGACUACAAAUUGUUGGAUUUUAACAUGACGUCUAAAGUGACCGACACGUCUGUUGUCGACGGUGCCGUAAGAAAAACACAACAACAAGAAGUCGCUUGGCAUUUCUGUCGUGCAUCAUGACUGUUCUGAUGACUCUUUACACUGGCUCCUUUCUCUCCGGCACUGGUGUUACCACAGUAGAGGCGGUGUCUGCGUUUGCCGACAUCACACUUUGUGCAGAGGAUGACGGUUCCAUGAGUCACAUAUUUUAGCAGAUGUUACAUAAUAUAUGACAGAGAUGUAUCUAUGGGUAGGAUAUCUGUGAUAUGAUGCUUGCGGCCGGGUGUCUGUGUAUGUGAUGCUGUCAGCUGCACUGGCAGUGGGAGACUCUCUGAGCUGUGUACCGUGAGCACAUUUGUAAAACACACCUGAUGAUCAAUACAAUGAAGAUGAUAACUACAUCUAUUUUCUCUUGCAAAAUCCAAACCUGCUUGCUUUUUCUGUUUGUUGGCAACGGCAUGUCGAUGUGUGAAAUUU